AUGUUGCCAACACAAGACGGAGUCCCAACAUUUAAAUUAGUCAUCGUAGGUGAUGGAGGAACUGGUAAAACCACUUUUGUCAAGAGACAUUUGUCCGGUGAGUUUGAGAAACGUUACAUCCCAACCAUGGGUGUCGAUGUCCAUCCAAUGCUUUUCCAGACAAACUGCGGUAAAAUUAGAUUCGAAGUUUGGGACACUGCUGGACAAGAAAAGUUUGGUGGCCUUAAGGAUGGAUAUUAUGUCCAAGCCAACUGUGCCAUUAUCAUGUUCGAUGUCACAUCCCGUGAAACUUAUAGAAACGUUGCCACAUGGCACAAGGACUUAGUUAGAGUCUGUGAAAACAUUCCAAUCGUUUUGGUCGGAAACAAGUGCGAUGCUCGUGAUAGAAAAGUUAAGCCAAGACAAAUCUCUUUCCAUAGAAAGAAAAACUUGCAAUACUACGACGUUUCUGCCAAGUCAAAUUACAACUUCGAGAGACCUUUCUUGUGGAUCGCAAGAAAACUCACUGGAAAUCCAAACCUCCAAUUUGUCACAGACCCCAACAUGUUGCAGGCACCUGCUUUCGAUCCAUCAACCAUUGUCCAGCCAGACAUUGAUAUGAAUAAUAUGUCAAUCCCAGACACUGCUUUCAAUGAUGAUACUUUUGGAAAUGGAACUGUUUAA